GCGCAGUGCGACGCCAUGCUGCUCGGCAGGGAGGUGGUGGAGGGCGCCGUGCACGCGUCCUCGCUGGCCUGCCUCGUGCGGGGCCUGGCCGGCACCAAGGCGCGCCCGAACCGCCAGGGCCGGCGCUACCUGCUGCGGUGCUCCGAGAGCGGCGUGGAGCUGGUGGCGCGGCGGCCUGCCCUCCGGCCGCUGGGCUCGGGGCUGGCCCUGCGCGCCGACGACGAGGGCUUCGAGUCCGACGAGGACCGCCGGUCCACGCGUUCGGAUGACUCCACCAGCGUGUCGUCGUCAUGCUGCCUCGUCGACGACCACGUCUUCAAGGCGGGCCAGGGGAGCGCGCUGUCGGCCUUGGUGGGCGUCACGGCGCCCGCCACGUCCUCGACGAGCAGCGACAGCGCCAACAGCAGCGGUGGCUCGGACACGGACGAGGUCGACGCCAAGGCGUCCCACGACGCCGUGUCCGUGGACACGGCCUCCUCGGCCUCCUCGGCCGUGGCCAGCGGGCCGUUCCGGGAGAACUUCUCGUUCCAGGACGUGGCGUUCUGCCACGUGGACGCCGCCUUCCCUCGGGUUGUGGUGCUGGUGGUGCGGCGGGCCGCGGCGCCCAGGCGGCUCAGGGCGACGGGCGGGCCGUCGGGGCUGGAGGCGCUCGUGCUGGAGUGCCGCGGCGAGGAGGGCGUGCGCGCGCUGUGCUCCGCGUACCAGGAACUGAGUCGGCGCGUGCGAAUGGACGGCGCCUUCCGCGCGCCGCACCGCCGGAAAGACGACGCCCCGAAGGACGCCGCCACCGCCGCCACCGUGGUCAGCGGGGCCGUCCUGCCCAAGUUCAUCUUCUCCAAGGUGGACGAGGCGGCGGCCGUGCCAGGCGAGGCGAGUCGCUUCAACCUGGUGCAACGCACCGACGGCGACGGCGUCACCCACAUCGAGGUGUCGCGCGGCAGCGGCGCGUCUCUGGUCAGCGUCGACGACGCGUCCGCCGGCGGCUCCGCGGCGUCCGACGUGGCCGACGACGACCACCUGUGCGGCCCGUCCAGCAUCAUCAGCAUCAGCACGCCGGACGCGGGCAACAUCCUGUCCUCCGCGGACCGCAGCCGCAUCAACAAGGAGAUCGAGGGGGUGAUCCGCGCCGACGUCGAGAACAACGCGACGCUGCGGCGCGACGCCGGCCACCGGCAGCGGCAGCACCCCGACGAGCCCAAGCUGUGGACCACGGCGCUGACGGCCGACGACGACGCGGCCACUGCCGGGCUGGGCUCGGGGCUGAGCGGGCCCUCGUCCCUGCCGCCGCCGCAGCGCCCGGAGCGGAAGCGCUUCGUGCGGAAGAACAAGGCCCCCGCGCCGCCCGCGCCCUCACAGCCGGGCGACGCCAACGCCAUGAAGAAGAAGACCGUGGAGGCCGUGGUGCUCAACAACACCCUCAACAGGGUGAGCAGGCCACUGUCCGCGGGGCCGCUGGGCGCGCUGGGCGCCGAGCAGCGCGUGGUGCGCGGCCAGUUCAUCCGCGUGUCCGUGGACCAGCAGGCCAAGCAGCAGGGCUGGCCGUCGCACCAGUCGCACCAGCACCCCCACGUCAGCCACUUCCCCGCCGGCUGGACGGGGCCGCCGCCCGCGCGCUCCGCCACGCCGUCGUCCGUGUCGCACGGGCCGCACCACUGGGGCGUGUUCCCCGACGCGGACCACCGAAGGUACCAGCGGCGAAGCCGCAGCAGCGACUCGGGCAGAGGGCAGCCGAGGCCGCGCAGCCCGCCCGCGCCGCGGCGGCCCAUGGCCUACCGGUACAUCGACGCGCACACCCCCGCGCCGCGGCCGCACCCCGCCGCGCCCGGCGCCACCACCAACUCGCUGUCGAACCGCUUCUUCGGGCUGUCGCAGAAGCUGCGGGAGAUCGGGGGCUCCGUGGUCGGCGGCUCCCUGGUCGGCGGCUACCCCGGCUCGGGCCGCAGGAACAGCUGGGGCGACUCGCCCACCCGGUUCUACACCAGCCUGGACCCGCCCAAGCCCAGCGCGCCCGGCGCCAACAACCUCAAGUCUGUCAUCAAGAAGAACCACGUGGCCGGGGGCCCAGGCCCCGGCGGCGCCGAGCCCAAGAAAGUCACCUUCAGCGCCUACGCCACCGUGCAGGUCGUGGACUGAUGAGGCGCGAGAGGCGCGAAUGGAGCGAGUGCCAACCAGGUGCUGGGAGGGCGACUCUCUCGCACCGCCUACUUUAGUACCAAUUGCUACCUACAACAGUGUAUAUAGUAAUGAAUAUGUAGAGUAUUUUGUGCAAUACGGCACACCAGUCGUGUACAGGUUUGGUGUUAAGUUUAGGACGUUAAGCUUGUUAGAUAAAUGUUAAUAUGUUUGCUCUUCUUUGUUUCUGUCCUUUACGCUUUCAUGAUCUGUAACUUUCUACAAGUGGAAAUUUUUGUUUUAUUCUUGUGGCCUGUAGCUAUCUUGCUCUGUUUCUCGUCUACUUCGCUCUUAGUACGCUCUGUACAAUGCUGUGGAUCGUGACUUUGUGUAAGCCAUUGGAUAGUUCAGAACCCCUUAAUGUCAUGGGUCCUUUGGAGAAACGUUUUCGUAUUUAUCGUUUUAGUCGGUUUUAAUAGGUACAGCAUAUUGCUCAAAACUGUCCAGUUCUAGCGAACGGAUAUUUGCUCAAGAGUUGCCGUCCCCCACUCAAAGAAAUCAAGUCCCCCAUAGUUCCCUAUAGUGGACUAAACCUGAGAAUCGGAGAUCAAGAACUGAAUAGAUCGCGCCGAAUUUAGGUUUCUCCGCUCGAAAUAUUUUUUGCCUUGAUUUCCACCGGCCCUGCUGCCGAAGGCGGGAAUGGGAGGAGUGACUCUUUGCUACCUGUAGGAGUAAUAUAGUUCAAUGCUCUCGACAAACAUUCCAGACUAGAAUAUUUCGUAGGUAGGUACACUGUAAUAAACAAUUCAAAAUUAAUUUAUACUUAAGUAAACGAACGAACAGCUCUGAUGAUAUUACGCCCAAUCAUCGAGUAAUAUCAAUUUUGAGCUGGAACAUUUGGCGUCAUUAAGACAGCCUCAGCUUGGUGGUUUCUGCAACCAAAACGUUUGAGGGACAAUAUUGUCACAUUUUCGUUGCUUCCAUUUCUUCCCACUCUGACAUUUCUUUCUAAGGCCACAGUUGAAAUAACCCUUGCCCUUUUUUUCGGGCCUCAUGCACUAUUUGUGGAUUUUUUCAACUGUGUCCCGAGCGAGCAUCGUCCUUGGUGGAAAUGUGGACGUGGUCAUGUCAAGCCAGACCAAACACCAACAAAAGAAAAGGUCAAUUGCCAUGUUAAUGUAGUGUUGUUGACGAGUAUGGAGCGUGUAACUAAUGUUAAAUCAAUAAAUCAAGUCGCCGAAAACACA